CAAACAGAGCACAACGAUCUUUCUCCGCUGGUUCAAUCGACCGCUCCUCUUCUUCUUCUCCCAAAACCCUACGGGCCACGGCCAAUCCCCCGCUGCGAUUCGACCGAUCGCCGCCGGAUCGGAGUUACCGCUCGGAUCAUCAACCCCAGGCACGCACCCGCCGCCGGAGCCCGGACGGAGACGAUGCACAGGGACGUCGAGGCCGAGUGCGCGCCGUGCUGCCGCAUAUGCCUCUCGACGGACAACCACCGCGGACUUUUUGGUGCAGGACAUGAGCUCAUAUCUCCCUGUAGGUGCAAGGGGUCACAACAGUUUGUACACCGCUCCUGCCUAGACCAGUGGAGAGGUGUCAAGGAAGGGACUGCUUUUUCACACUGUACUACUUGCAAAGCACAGUUCCAUCUCCUGGUUGAGCUUCUGGAGGAUGACAUGUGUCUUAGAAUGAAGUUCUGGUUGUUUGUUUCUAGAGAUGUCUUCCUCAUCUUUGUCGCAAUACAAGCCGUCAUUGUUGCUAUUGCUGGCGUGACAUUUCUGUCGGACAGAGAUGGAAAAUUCAGAAACAGGUUUACUGACUGGAUGCUGUCAAAGCAUCCUCUACCCUUCUACUAUUGUGUUGGUAAGUAUUUUCUACAUUAACUGCUUGCAGUUGUUAUGAAGAUUCAUGUGUUCUGAUGCAGUGCUUACUGAAUGACUGGAUGCUAAACAGUAGUACCAUGCAUACUGUUGGUGUGAAUUGAUUUGUAUAAGUAAACUCAAUCUCUAUUUCAACCGUAAACUCUCAUCACUGAAGCUGUUUUCUUGUUCAUUAGUGUUGUACAGUAAUUCAAAAUGAACAUGUCAUGUCACACGAUUGCAAAUGCUAUCUUCUUGAUAUUGAUGGAGCCAUUGCAGCCACAAUCAAUCAAAUCCUUUUUUUUACAUAUCUGUUCAAGCACUGCAAGGUAGCUAAUGAUAUCUCAUGUUCUGUACCAAUCUUGUUUCAGGUGUGGUGUUCUUCUUUGCACUGGUUGGACUUUUUGGGCUGCUAUCACACUGUUUUUCUUGCGAUUAUGGUGGCGAUGAUCCAUCAUACCU